AUGAACACCCCUGGAAAUGGUGCGCCAGCUGUGGGUGCCCCAGAUGUUGCUUAUAAGCAGAAGCAAUCCGAAACUGCGAUGAUGGAUGGGCUUUCCAGCUCUAAGGUCACGGUCGAGUACCACGAUCCGUCAGGCCUUUUUUCGCUGGUUCGGGAGCAGCUCGUCUCACGUCUACCCCUGAGGAAUCUCCACUGGAAAGCACCAACCCGUCCAUUGCGGUCGAUUGAUUCGUUGCACGUAGAUCUCGUGCCAAGCGCCGACACCGCGUCACAGGCAGAGAUAGCUGCAUCUACGCCAACAUCGACCACUACAGAUCAUGGUAAAGGAGCUUCCAAAGAGCGCCGUCAUCAAAUUCCCGGUCUGCGCCAAACUCCAUACUUGAAGGUGUACAUUCUACGAUGCGAUGAUUCUGACACUUACAAGACUACUGCACGGAAGCAAGUUAGGGAAUGGGUAAAGACACAUACGCCGCCAUCACAAAGUAGCUCUUCCGCAAGUAAGCAAGAAAAUCAUGACGCUUUUGAGUGGAUGAUCAUCCACGUGGUCCUGCCGGACACUCCGGCAGCAAGUCAGCCUCGUGGUUCGGCAAGUACCGCCAGCGGCGAGAAGGAAAAGAGCAACCUUGCUUCUCGAUUCACCAAAGGAACCACUACUCUCCUGGAGAAAUUACGUGCGGACUUCGACACUGCUUCAAAGUCCGCUCCGGAGAGGGUCGCUCAGGUACGGCUGCAAAAGGAUUCCGUUCCACCUCAUAUGCUCCCUCAGGCACCUGUGACAAGCCCACCAGUCACCGAAGGUCCACAGGAGCAGGAAAGAGCGUGGACUGACGUUAUCGUCAAAUUUAAACAGUUGAUACUCCGAUCCUUUGACCAACGUGUCGGGCAAUACGAGGACGAUAUCCGAGAAAAGGACUCCCAGCGCUCGCUUCCAGGUUGGAACUUUUGCACCUUUUUUAUAUUGAAAGAGGGUCUUGCGAGAGGCUUCGAAAGUGUAGGCUUGGUAGAGGAUGCACUACUUGGCUACGAUGAACUGUCAGUUGGACUUGAUACCGUGAUCCGCGAGCAGGCGACGGAAGGUAGCACUGCUCAGGGUGGCGUUAUUAGCGACUACUCCAAGGACCUGUUUGAACAGGCUUCAGCACUACUAGACUACUCAAGAAAAGAGCUCGACAACGAGAACGGACAGCAGCCCCAAUUCCACGACGAUUCGCCGAUCAAUGCAAACAAGAAAGACUAUCGAGGUCAGAUACUUUCUAACAAUAUCUCAGUGUUUGACUUCCGGACAUACAUCUUCGCACGUCAGAUGUCUCUGCUAUUGCGUUUAGGUAACUCCCAAUCGGCGCGAUCUGAUUUAGCAACCAAACUACAGCCGCGCCUCAACGCAGAUGGACUCCAACGGUCCGUGGACGAUAGUAAUGUCGGUAUCAAGUCGGGAAGCUUGUCUGUUGAUUCUGAAGAUUUGUUUUCUCUAGCCGAACUUUGUUCACGAGCCCUGAAUUUCAUCACAUUUGCUGGACGCUUGUUGCGAAGCGAUCUAUUGAAUGGAGCGAAAGCUCAUGAAUCACCCUUUCCAGAGCAAUUUCUGGACAACAUUGUCCGGUCAUGGACUUUCUCUGCGUUGGAUCAGAUUCUACGGGAGACGACUACGUCUUCGCUCCCAUUCACAAAAUACUUCGGCGAUGCGGGCACUGGUUCUUCCAGCAAGACCUUGCCAUUUGGCAAGAACGCGAAAGAGCAGAAGAUCUCGUUGUCGGAGCCGAAGUCCAUGAUCCAUCCGUCGCGAUCGUCAUCGCUCAAUAAUGGUAGACCCCAGUCUGUAGAUGUUCCAUAUGCGCAAGCUCCCGCAAGCGCGCAGACGAUAUUCGAGAAUGGACAGUACCAGGAUCGAUCUACGCCUCAACAGGAAAGCAGCUUGCCGCAGGUUAAGAACGGUCAGCAAGAACUCGCUGGUACUAGGGCACAAUUGCUGGCUAUUCAGAGGCGCAUAUUGGAACAUGUAGGAAAGACACUGGGCUGGACUGUUGGAUGGACUUCUGUUCUGCCAACACUAGAACCGAAAGAAGAAUUCAACGAUGUCGACCUAGAUGACGAUAAAGUCGACUCGAAUGAAAAAGACAGCUCAGACGAAGAAGAACCUUCACCUGAUAAUGUGAUCGCUCAAGAGUCCGUCGCUGGUGUAUCCGCACCCACACUUAGGAAUGCUAUGUCAGGCAUCGAUAAAUUUCGUCAAUUCUAUGAGACUCUAAGCGACCUGAUCGUGAAACACUACAUGGCAGCAGGUCAAACUAAGGCUAGUGAAAGCGUUCUUGGCGAUCUAGCUGCCUUGCGGUUCGAACUCGGCGAUGUUGCGGCCGCUGCCAUGUAUUUCGGACGCAUGGCUUCGACGUUUGGGGAAUCUAGGUGGAACACCGUCGAAACAACCAUGCUCAAGAUGUACGCCCACUGCCUGAAGAAGCUGAACCGCAAAGACGAAUUCGUACGAACACUAUUGGACGUGCUGGCUAAGUCGGCUGCGAGCAAGCGAGCGAUCCGUAUUCACAAGAUGGGGGGAAAUUUAGCGGAGCGUUCUCCAAUCCCACACGAUUGGCUCAAUGACGACCAAGUCAACACUUCUGGCAUUUUCUCAGAGUUGGUCGAGUACUCGCAGCAGCUACCCUAUGAUGUCAAUGUUCAGAUGGCGAAGUACUUCAACGAUAUUGCAGUGGAACCUUACGUACGCCAUUUCGAUGACAAAGAUGGUUUCCAAUUGCGAAUUCAAUUUAGGCAUCUCUUAGAAGAUGAGAUCGAGUUCGACCAAGCAAGGGUUCGCCUCGUAGAUGCCACGGCGCAAGGCAAGGAUAUUUGGUUGGAAAGUACAGAAGCUGCGCAGGUCAAGAACGGUAUUUGCCGAACAUGGCUGAGCUCAAAUAUCAAUACCACAGGCGCAUAUAUCGUCGACAAGGUCAUCUUGCAAACGAAGCGGAUUGCAUUUGUGCAUGAGCCGUUUACCAAGGCCGAAGCGACAACUCCACUGGGUAUCAUCACUUCCGUCUCCGCCAGUUCACUCAAGUCUGCGAAGAAGAAUCGCGUCCUAUGUUUCCCACCCAAGGAAGCCUUCGAAGCACGGCUUUAUCUAUCUCAUUUUAUACACAUCGACAAGCCCAGGUAUAUCGAGAUCACGUGCUCAAGCGGUUGGAACACAAUACAACGGACCGAGAUACGUCUGAAGGCCGCAUCAGCUGGCCUGCGACUGCGCACAGCCAACGCAAUCACGACGUCAGGGAAUGUUCAGAUCAUGGAGAAGCCCAAUCCAGGAGUCAUACGCACUGGAGAAAUCGCCGCGAAUACCACCGUGACCUUCCAGAUUCCUUACGAGACCGAGACACUGCUACCUGAUCUUACGGUAAAGUUGGAGAUUGACUACUUCACUGAAAACGGCCAAUUUCAAUACUACUCGUCUUUCACGAUACCAGUUGAGCUACCUCUAGAUGUCAACGUUCACGAUCACUUCAAGAACGCUUCUCUGUACUCUAAGUUCAACAUCAAGACUGCGAGCCAGGUACCGCUGGAGAUCACGGAUGUAUCGCUGGAAGGCUCAGGCGAAUACGACGUCAGUGCACCAAAGAGACCAAAGGGUCCUUUCCAGGUCUUUCCGAAACAGCCUGUUGCUGUCACAUACAAAGUUACCAAGAAGGGUGUUGAGGCUGGCGGACGUAGAAAGAGCCAGGUUGCGAACAACGGAAGUCUUGCCCUCUCCGUUGAAUACCGUUGUCUGGAUGAGGAGGUCUUAGAGCGAGUACGCGCACUGUUCGGGCAUGCUGUAGAGAACGGCCCGGUCCAUCGCUUGGCACGCCUGUUGAUCAGCACAUUUACGGACCGGUUUAGGCACCGGAUCUUGCCUCCUCAAUUCGAAAGGAUCGCACUGUUGCAGCAGGUUGAUAUGGGACCGUAUGACGAGAUGGGCUGGGAAGAAUGCAUCGAAAGUCUACCGCAGACGGUUCGAGACGACACUCGCAGUUGGCUGCAGAAGUGGUACCAGAGUCACAGAUCAAUCCUUCUGGCAAAGACAGUGGGUUCUGAACCGCCCAUCUCCGGUGCUACUCCACCUUCUCCCUACCCGCCUCGGCGCAUGACCAUCACCGUAUCUAUACCACAAACGCAUAUCCUGCACACAGCAUCGUUAUCGCUAGUAUCAGAACAAAAUCCAUCGUCACACGGCUCAAGAAUCGCCGUGGUGGGCCAACCUCUCAUGGCCGAACUCAGCAUCAAACACACCCGCCGCUGGUGCACCCAAAGCAGCCUUCUAUCAGCCGCCAACCUCUCGAACCCUGACGACAGUAUUGACUUUAUCUACACGCUAGAAGCGAGUCCUGAUACUUGGCUCGUUGCCGGCCAGCGACGCGCUCACUUUACAGCCAAGGAGGACGAGACGCAAAAGUUCUCCAUUAUGCUGAUACCUUUGAGACCUGGCACGGCGCUACUUCCCAACGUGGAUAUCCACGCAAGAAUCGCACCUAAGAGCGAAGAUGACAAGAAGAAGGAUGGAACAGGAGAAGAAGAGCCUCUGAAUUGUGAAACGGACUUCCUGACGUAUGGGGAGUGUGUUGUGGUAGUGCCAGAUGCACAGAUACAUAAUAUCCAUACCUUCACGAAACUUACGGCAUCCCUCAAUUCAUUAGGUCCGCUCGCAUGGCUCAAGCUCAGCGACGACCAGGUAUGCUUCACCAUCAUACCGGAGCAAGGCACACAGGUGUGGGCUGUGCUCUCCAUUGAUACCAUCUUUGAUACGUAUGCCGUCCAAUCCGCCGCCAACAAUAUCAUCAAUCUCGAAGUACCACUUGGUCCGCUCAAUCGCGCUCUCAAGUCUGCGUUGAACGCCACGUCGGCUCAGAUACGCCUUACAAAGAAGGACAACAUACCAUUGCUUGCCCUUACCAUCUCCACGAGCUCGUCCAGCAAUUCGUACUCUGGCUUCCCCACGGGUGGAAACCGCGAUGACGAUACAAUGUUUGACGACCAGUUUGGCGGAAAUAGAGAGACCAUCAUCACCCAAGAGGUGCCCGUCAGGGUGCUGGCCCCCGAUACUGUGUCUGGUCUCCACGAACCGCAGACGCGCGAACCGGACGUCCACAUCAUCCUGCCUCCGCUGAUGCAGCUUAAGAGCAUUAGUGACAGAUUCACAAAGCUAGCCCUGGCAGGGACCAGGACAAGCGCAGGUACUGCGGCGAGCAGGACAAGACUAGAAAUGGCUGCCAACAUGCACGGCUGCCUCAGGAUCAGCAUCAAGACUGAUGCAAUGAACAUAUCCUCUGUGUGGACCGAUCUCGCAAAUCCAGAACUGGACCCUGGUCAGGUGGCCAACGGCGACAUCGGCAUUGCAGAACACCCGAGUACGCGUAUGAAGCUGCUGGGUAGUGCAGACGGCCGCAGCGAGGAAGGCUGGGCCUCAGUGCGGAUAGAUGGCAAGGAUUGGGGGAAGGUCAUGAGUGUUGGAAGGCUAGGUGGGAGGGUCAUUGCUUGCUUUUGUCAUGAACAUGCACUGAUCCUAUACGUGUAUUUGCCGACUGACGGUGGCGAAGAUGAGUCGGUUUUGACGUACUACAUCAGUUCGUACAGCGCUUGA